UUAUCCUGCUUGACUGUCCCGCUCACUCAGUCCUCACAGGAAACUCCCAGCCAACUUCCAUCCCCCCCACCCAGCCUCACCCCUCACACUCACUCACCUCCUACUCACAGUCCCACCGGCUGCCCUGAGUCCAAGCAGAGAGGAUGGCUGCGUCCACGUGGAGAAUGAAUCGGCUCUGGAGGAGGAUGGCGGGAGUCCUGGUGCUCUGCGCUCUGCUGCUCAGCAAUGAGGUGAUAUGUCAAGAUGACUCAACAGCAGCACCCGAGGUCUCGUCUGUUACCAUUCCCGACGCCGGCGCCAGCGCUGUGACCGAUGCUGCCGCCACCGAUGCUGCCGCCCCAGGUGCCUCCGCUGCCCCGACCGAUGCUGCCGCGACUGCAGGAGGUCAAGACCCUGCAGCCUCUGUGGUUCCUGGAGACACCCCAUUCCCAGCAACUGUUAUAGCCAUUGCAAUUAUUCCAGAAAAGAUGGACGGGGCCGCCUCAGGGACGACCGUGGCCCCCUCCGACAGCAACAACGGGGUAGACGCAGCCGCUGGUGUCUCUAGUGAGGUUAAGUUGGUGAUGCCUGAUGUGAAGUGUGUUGGAAAAGAGGACAUCGAAGAGAGCAACGCCGUCAGGGCCGUGGUGGUGACGGAAAAUUGCGAGGUAUCCAAAGGUAUUAUUCGGGAGAACCCUGCAGGCUGGUGCAAAGCCGAACCCUGCAAUCUCAAUAUCUUCCAAGACGGCACCAACAUGCUGGUGACCAGUGAUGAUGCUAAGGUGGGAACUUUGGCUGCAGCUCUCCAGAGUGCCAGUCUGAAAGACAAGCUGGGUGUGACGAGCACUAAGACCCCUUCUUCAUCGUCCGGCUCCUCCGUGUUCGUCGGGGUUCUGGUCACCGGUCUGCUCGCCGCCAUCGCCAUCACUGUCGGCUACUUGAAAUGCCAACGCAGGGCCGACCCCAAGGGAGUGAGGCUGGCGGAGGAGGCCUACCCCGUGGACCAGGAGAACCAGGGGAACACCCUGGUGUCUGUGGCCCCCCUCAACCCCCCUCCAGAAACUCAGGAGAAACCCAGCGAGAACGGAGAGGCCCCCGAGGCCCCCAAGACCGAGCCCGCUCCUCCUCCCACCAACGGCCACUCCACCGCCAAGACGGCAGACACCGAGUUGUGAAGUGGACGAUCAACGAAAGGCAGCCUACCCCCCGCCCCCACCCCCCCAACAAACACAAACCCCCGUCAACGCACGCCUCUGAAAACCUCCUUCGUUUGGGGAGAACAGCAGCUUCGGGGUUGUGUAGCUCGUGCUCAUCGUCAGCUUCCAAGCUUCAACCAAAACCCUCGAUUAGGAAAAACAGAACGAGCUCACAAAUGAAAUCGUUCCUCGGUUCAGUGAGAAGCCUCGACAGACGGACAGAUUGACAGGAAACAAAACCACGGUGCCUUGAAAUCUGUUCACAAGCUUCUCAGAGAGAAACCCCGUUGAGCUCUCGUCUCGUUCGUCUGAUUGUGUUACUGAUGUGUGCGAAUGUGUGCGUGUGGCAAAUCCUGCAAGUGUGUGUGGGUCAACAUGUACUUGCAUCUGUACUGUAAAUAUCUAAACCUGCUUCUACACAGCUUUUCUCUUCUGCUCACUGUUUGUACUGUGUGCAUGACUGAUGUGGAGCGACGGGUUGGAAUGUGCACCUGACAUUAGCCAUUUGAAUGUGUAACAUUUUUGUAAAAUAAGUGGAGUGACGGACGGCUCACCGAGUUUGAAGGAAUUCACCGAUCUGCUUCUGCAAAGUGAAGCGAGAUCACAAAGUCAACGCGGAGCUCAUCCACUGUCAGUGUUAUUCUCUUUUUAAAUAUCCUGUAUAAGCUCUUUUUACUCUCAGUAUUCUCGUGAUCAGUGUGUAUAGUAUGGUGACCCUGUCUGGUUUGUAUUUUGUGUACUUUUCCUUAUCAUGUGCCCAAAGAAUUUUUAAUUUCAUAGCUUGUGUUGUACUAUAACUUUGGACUCUGUGGCACCUCUACCAUGUUCGAUCCGGCUCAUACACGAAGAUGCUCCGGUGCUACGACGGCGAGAAACAAGCAUCUUGUGUCUGAAGUGUUUUUCUUUCCUCUGCUUUAUAAACUAAGACAAACCAGGAGGAAAGAACAAAAGGAAAAAAGUCAUUUUUGCUUUUCAUUGCUAACAUUCCAGUGUGAUUAUCUCAUUCUUCUUCACACCCUGCGGUUUACGUUGAUUUAACAUGAAAACAAAUAAAGAAAAGUAAAAAGU